AUGUUCCAUGAUUCUCUGACCGACCCAACAAGGUUUCCGCCACGAUGUUGCACCCUCAUUCAGCUUUACACCGUACUACCCUGGUUCCACCCCGAAGGAACCAACACAUUCAGACUCAAGUUCGAAGAAUGGCUGGCGAUUGAUAAGCUGUACUGUCCUUCGCCAGCCUGCUCUGCGUUCAUCUCUGAAAAGUACAAGGUCCCGUCAAACGAGCCCAUCGUAGAACCUGCGCCAUCGAAGCAACAGGUGAUGAAAGCUAUCUUCCACAAACUCGACACGAGCGCAGAGGCUAGAUUCUUUCGAACUGAUGUUCAUACCAUUGAACUGCCGGGCUAUACCAAACGCGUGCCGAAACCCAUACACCUACAGCGAAUACAGCAGAAGAUCGACGACCAUGAGUACACAUCCUCGGCGGAAAUGUCCCAGGACGUAUUGCUGCUACAUGCCAAUACCAAACGCUACAACGGCCACCAACAUCCAGUGUCGCUAGCAGCGGACAAACUCUUGUCGAAGUACCUUGAGGUCCUCUCUUCCACCGCCGACCAGCUGAGUGCAGUACGUCGGACUGUACAGCACGAUAUCUUCGCAUGUCCUACCUGCCAUAUCGCAAUCUGCACGUCUUGCAAGCACAUCGAACAUCGUGACAAAGGAGCUUGCGACACAUCGACCAAUGACGAAGAAGUCGCCAUGCUCCAGCAAUUUGGCUACAAGAAGUGCCCGAGGUGUAAGCAUGGAGUCCGCCGUAUGUACGGUUGCAGCCACAUGCAGUGCACUUGCGGCGCACACUGGUGCUGGUGGUGUCUGCGCAGCAUUGAUGAGUGUCAGGGCGAUUGCGCUGGCCCCGCUGAUGACGAGAUCGAUGACGAAGAUGAUGAAGACAGUGAAGAGGGGGAAAGCGAUUCGGACGAUGGCGUUGUUAGCAACAACGGCGACACUCCCAUGCUUGAUGCAGGGCCUCCUGCGCCGAUAAAUGACCCGACGCGAGUUCUGGCCUCUCCUAUCAUCCAAGCUGUCAAUCUGGACGCUGGAGGAUCUCGUCGCUGGGCCGGAGGUGGAUACGAUUUUGGCGAUGAGCCAGAAGACCCAUCAGUCCAAGUGUGGUCGUGCGAGCACUCCUGGAUCGAGUUCAGAACUCCCACCGAUCGUUUCGACCAUGGCGACCUGAACUAUUUGGAGUGUAAUCGCUGCUUUGAGUCACUGCAGCCAGCGCCACCGUUGAUGCCCACCCCUUCGCGGCCAGGAACGAAGGAUCGACCCAGUAAACAGCCAGAUAUCGGGAAGGAGGCAUGGGACUGCAUGCGCUGCCGACUGAUUGUGUGCACGGGUUGCAGAGACAAGUACAAAUCCAGCGCACGAGCGGCAUAG